AUGAAGUCCACAACCGCCCUCUCCGCCGCCUGGGCUCUUCUUGCUACGCGUCCGGCUCUGGCUCAGGAUGACAACAGCGAUUACCUCAAUUCCGUCUGCUCGCCCGAAGGCGAAUUUACAUCUGGAAACAUCCCGCCCUGCAUCGAUAUUGUCAACAUCGAGGCAGCUUGCCAGCCGAAUGGCACGUCGUCACUGGCCCUCGAAGCGCACGCUCAAUGCAUGUGCGGCGGAUCCUAUUUUCCCGAGUGGCUCGGCUGCCGCCAAUGCCUCUUUGACCACGGCGGCAUGAGCAGGCGCAACCUGACGUACUACGAGUCCGUCAUCCACACGGCCAGCGCGCUGCUCUGCGACGCUGCGACGCCGACGGCGCCGUUCCAGUCCGUCUUUGCCAGCGCCGCCGCCGAGGUGCCCAUCCCCACCACGGGCGACACGGCGCUCUCGGAUAUAGCCCCGAGCGACACGGCCGUCAGCGUCUACUACACUGCUUCGGGGGGCUCUCAGGGCGCCGGCGCCAUCACCGGCAGCGCCACGGCGGCCACGGCCACCGGAGAUGUGACUACGGAUGCCGCCGCGAGCACCACUGGUACGUCGGCUACAAAGACCACUUCCAAGGCUUCCUCGUCCAAGACGACGAGCACCGCGUCCGGGAGCUCUACGCAGUCGAGCUCGAGCAAUUUUGCUGGCCCGACUGCGGCUCCUGCUGCAAAGAAUGUGUUGCUUGCCAUUGCCGGAGGAGCACUCAUGGCGGCAUUGCAAUAA